UCCUUAGAUGCAAUGAAUGAGUUCUCUUACUUUGCACCAGAUUUUUCAAGCAAGUCAGCCCAGGCAUCAGGGUUGAACAUUUCCGCACGGAACAUCGGUGCAAAAUCGGAAUAUCUGAACCAAGCUGAACUACCCAGUGACACAAUGGCUGCUAUUUUGUACAUCAAGUCGAUAUUUCCACACAAGGUUUUUGGAAAUUUAUUGCCACCAAUAAUUUUGAAACAUCAGAUCUAUUGCAUUGUGAAGGAUAAGACGAUUGUUGAUCGACAACUGAACAAACUCUGGCAAGAACGAAAACUACAAUUAUUCAAACUAAUUUCUGGUUCGGAUGAAUUUGCUUUGGUCUUGAUGGAAGAUUUCAAAGCUCAUGUAAAUAUGAAAAAAAAUUCCAAAAACUCAACCAUCCUUGAGAAAUUUUUAACAGAGAUCCUCCCUGGAUGCUGCGAUGUUAGCGUCAGCACAAAAACAUUAUCUCAAGAAAACAAGAUCGGAGAAGCUGAUAUCACGGUUUUGGUGAACAGCGGUUUACUCCAAUGUCGCGACGUUGGAAGCUGGUGGCUUGGGAUACCAGGUGCUGGUGUGUUUAUGAAGAAUUUCACACGAGGGAGGCAAACUAUUUUGAGAAUGAUACGAAGGCGGAAAUUUAAGGAAAUUUUGCAACGGGACCUAGAGAGCUAUAAGCUGAAUUCCAAAUUGGGCAUUCAAUACCACAUCUAUGACAUCAUUGGAGCCGAACUUGUUCAAAGCAUAGAAACAACGUCAGGUCCUCUGUUACGUUUGCCCGAAACGUGAAAAUCCGUCGGCAUUCCAGGAGUGAAUAUAUCAGACACAAACAACAAGACUUGGUUGCCGAAAACGGUCAAGCAAUAAUGAAUCUCUCAAACGAAGAACCACUGG